GACAAGAACUACGCUAAAUCAUUGUAUUAAACAGCGAAACGUAGUCUCGUUAUCUUACAUUUCAAAGAUUGGCAGCAGUUGCAAAGAUAAAAUGGCGCCUGUGGAAAGUCCACCGGGGGGCUCCACAUCAGAUACAUGGAUACGUCAAGUUAAGGCGUCUCCCUCAAGCAACCUGCCUAAAGGCUUCGCUCCUGACCCCUGCAGGAUCUUGGAGCCCAACAAGAAGAACCUACACAUGCUUGAGUCUCAGCGAAUCAUGGCCGUGCUUGAGGACACUAUACUGAGGCUAGAGCUAGCUACCAUUCUAGGUCACGUGAUGAGAGAAAGAGAGCGUUUUGGAGUUGUCCUGGGUACGGACCUAGUGGAGUUGUUGGAUUACCAUGCAUCGCGUAUGGAGAGAUAUGAGCACAACUUGCGUGAGCUGGAACUAGAGGAAAGAGAGAUGUCCAGUGUGCCAGUAAUUGUCACGUCAUCUUCUGAUUCGGAGCGUGAUAGCCAUGAAUCCCCAGUCUCCCCUCCCCUCCUGAACCAACCCACGCCCCGCUGGCACAAGCUUAAGCAGGACACCAUCAUAUCAGAACAAGGACUGAAAUUCUCUCUCAUGGACAUACUCAGGCACUUCAAGAAGAAUCCUAAAGCCGUAGAAGUCAUACUAGGUAGCAAACACAAAACAGACCCAGUCCACCAGGAACUGCUCCAGUUUAUGACACAACUCAGCAUGGUCAUGAAAGAGAGACUGCUGACGACACCGACUGAAGAAUUUGACCGUAAGGGGUACAUCGUGGAUAUCCUGACGCGGGAAAGAAAGACGAACGCUGCAAAGGGGAGACUACAGGCUCGCUGUCGAGAAGCCGUACGAGAUAAAGAGCACGAGGUGUCAAAGCGCAACACUAUCAUCGCACAGUUAAAGAGCGAGCUGUCCAUGAUCAACAAUGUGACCCAUGAAGCGCAAAGAAAGACUCUAUCAGACGCCGCCAAACAGUGUUCCACUGAGAUUAAGACUUCGGAGAACAAAAAAAUGACCAUUCGAGAAGACAUGAUCACAAAGAGAAAACACGUGCGCGACCGGCGGCGUGAACACAGGGAGGAGGAGACCGUGCUUAGAAAGCGAGCGUUUAAAAUUGGCACCGAAGUUUACAAUUGGAUUCAGAAGUACGACGCAGAUAUGGGAGCGAAGCAGGACGAGUUGGAUAAAGUCGCCAAACUCUACGAAGAGGAAAAACAAGACUUGCGCGAGAUGGAACAAGAGUUCCAGAACAUGGAAGCUAAGUAUAAUGCUAUCCUGGAAGAGCGCCGCUUGGCCGCCGAGGCGGAGAAAAAGCGUCAACAGGAGUUGGUACAGCGGAAUUACGCGGCCGUCCGCAUCCAGGCGGUUUGGCGGGGUUUCCGUGUCCGCAAGGCGCUGAAAGGAGGGAAGAAAGGCGCGAAAAAAGCAAAAAAGGGAAAGAAAUAGUGUGUUAAACCGUUCAUUUGGAUUGUGAAUGUUUUAGUUUGUGAAAAUGUUUAUUUUCAGUUCUUGCUUAUGUUUGUUUUAUUUCAAAGCAAUAUUUUAACCAAAUCAUUCGCUCUUAAAAUAAAGGCCGUGUUGGAGGCGA